UACAUUGCCUGGCGGAAGAACUUUUUGUGUCGAUGUCAUUGCAUUUUUGUUUCUUUGUGUUUAUUUUAUGAAACAUUGUCAGGUACUGUAUAUUACAGCGGUAACUUUUUAUUUAUUUUGUAUAUUUGUUCACUUCUAUGUUAUACGGUACUCUUAUCGCUCCGCCCCUUGGCAACCACCGCUGGUGCGUCGUAGCAACCGUCUUUAGCGUUCGUUCAGUAGAGUAGAGAUGCCGCUGACAGUGAACGACUACACGUGGACCCAAAGCGAGAGCACAGUUUACAUAAGUGUGCCUUUAAAGGGAAUAAAGACCACAAACGUCCAUAUCAUUUGUACGGAUGAGUAUCUAAAGGUCAGUUUCCCCCCGUUUUUAUUUGAAGCGUUUCUGUUUGGUCCGAUAGAUGAGGAAAAAAGUGAUGCCAAAAUCGGAAAUGGUGCUGCGGUUUUUACACUGCAGAAGAAGACGCAUGAGCUGUGGGAGAAGCUCUUUGCAUGUAUUGAUAAAGACACACAGAAGCAGAUCAGAGAGCAAGCGAUUGUCAAAGUCCAGGACAAAGCUGCAGAAAAGUCAAAAGCCAAAGCCACACGGAUUCAACAAGAAAAGAAAUUUGCACUGGAAACAACGAUGAAGCUUGAGAAAGAGGAGCGGGACAGGAUUCAGAAGAUGAAGGAUGAAGAGCGCUUGAGAGCCACAGCAGAGCUCGAGAUCUGGAAAGAAACACAGAGAAAAGCUGAAGAAGAGACAUCAUGCAGCUCACACGAUAACAAACCUGUUCACCAGAAAGCAGAGCAUGCGAAUAUUACACCUGCGGCUAAACCAUUACACAAUACUGCCAAAACUACAACUGAUCAGAAAAGCAGUAAGCAGAAAGCAAAGCCUCUACCUGCUCCUAGAUCUGCUGGCUGUAUUAAGAUCAAUUUCACACCACGAGUGUUUCCCACAGCCCUGCGGGAGUCUCGUGUAGCGGAGGAAGAAGAGUGGUUGAUGAAGCAGGCAGAGGCCAGAAGAACAGCAGACUCACAGCUGAAUGAACUACAGGACCUAACAGAUGAAGAAAGAAAUCCAGAUUGGCUUAAAGAGAAGGGCGAUAAAUUCUUCCUGGCAGGAAACUACCAGGCUGCGGUCAAUGCAUACAGUCUCGCCAUUAAACUCAACAGAAAGAUUCCAGCGUUGUUUUCCAAUCGAGCCGCCUGUCAUCUCAAGAUGAGAAAUCUUCAUAAAGCCAUUGAAGACAGCUCUCAGGCUCUGGAGUUGCUGACGCCUGCAGUUCCCGCAAACGCUGCAGCUCGACUGAAGGCACACGUCAGGCGAGGAACAGCUUUCUGUGAGCUGGAGCUUUAUGUUGAAGGUCUUCAGGAUUAUCAGGCUGCUGUUAAGAUCGAUCCACACAAUGCAGCGCUACAGGCGGAUGCAGAGAAGAUUCGCCAGAUCAUACAGGGAUCCACAUCCAACUCCUGAUGUCUACAUCAAUAAACUGGAAUUAUGCUUGUACUUGUUAUCGAUACAUUGUAUGAGACUGUACAUAAGCAUAUUUUUUAAUGUGACAAAUAAAGUACUGAUUCGGCUGGA